UUGCUUUCGGUUUAGAGUCGUACUGCCCGUCAUGAUGCUCACACAUGGCUUCUGGAUCAUUUUACCAAUUUGUAUUGCGUUGUUGGCCGUGACAGUAACACGUGCUCCUGCGGGCUUACUUCUGCUCCUAUGUCUCUGCAUUAUGGCUCUUCUGUGGAAGAUAAAGAUUAAGAAUCGCUCCCUGUUGAGUCUUUUGACUCAGUGCGUGGCUAUGAAAUCAGUGGGCUGGCUAGGCAAUCGCCAGAGAAACAGACUGGAGAAGGACACCCAGGAAAUUCAUCGCGUUCAGGAGGAAACGCUGCUCAAGCGCCUGCGCAAACACUCGGACACAGUCUACGGCAAACUCUACGAGUUUAGCUCGAUUAAAGACACCGAAACAUUUAAACAUCGUCAUCCAGUCACAAAUUAUGACCAUUAUGAAAAGUUUGUGGAUCGUGUUGCUAAAGGAGAGCAGAAGGUUUUAAUAUCGGAGAAUCCUCUUAUUUUGGCUAUGACAUCAGGAACGUCUGGAUCCAGCCGUAUGCUUCUGAGCACCAAAGACACCAACACAGACUUCUUCCUACAGGGGGUUACUGUUUGUCUAGAUGCCAUGAGACGAGCCUUUCCAGCCACUGAAUGUCUUCAAAAAACCCUGAAACUCUUUUACUCCCCUCUCAUUCGUCAAAGUGAGGCAGGUAUUCCCAUCGGCCCCAACUCCUCAACCCCUGCGUCUUCUAGAUACAUGCUCUACCUGUACACCACACCAGCGCUCGUCUAUCAGGUACUUAAUGAGAGAGAUGCCUUGUAUCUCCAUCUGUUGUUUGGGUUGAAGGAUCGCAAUCUUGGCAUGCUGGAAUCAAACUUCUGCUCAACCAUCUUUUAUGCCUUCAGAGCCCUUGAGGAACAUUGGAGAGAUCUUGUUAUGGAUGUGGAAGUGGGCAUGAUCAGCUCUGCUCUGAACCUAAAGGCUGAUGUCCGCUGUGGUCUAGAAAAGCUGAUGAAGCCGGAUCCAGAGAGAGCUGCUGAACUCACAGCUCAGUUUGAGGAAGGAUUUGAGAGAAUUGCUCUCAGAUUAUGGCCUCAGUUACACCUGGUCCUGGCAGUGGACUCGGGUUCCAAUCAGAUUUAUGGAGAGAUGUUACGGCAACACUACUGUAAAGAUGUGCCAUUCUACUCCCCAUUCUAUGCUGCAACAGAAGGAUUAAUAGGUGUAAACUUGUGGCCUCUGCAAGAGAGCAGACAGUAUCUCCUGUGUCCUCGCUCCAUGUUCUGUGAGUUCAUACCGGAGGAGGAUCUGGAGUCAGAGCAGCCCAAAACUCUCUUGAUGGAGCAACUUAAGGAAGGACACAGCUAUGAGCUGCUGGUUACCAAUGCAUCCGGAUUAUUCAGGUAUCCCAUUGGAGAUAUUGUUAAAGUAGUUGGGUUUCAUAAUCAGUGUCCAAAAGUGGAGUUUCAGUACAGGCGUGGUCAGAUGUUGAACGUUCGUGGUGAAAAAGUGUCUGAAUUGCUGUUUUUGGGAGCUCUUAAGCGGGCUGUGAUGCAGUGGCCGGGAGCCAGGCUCAUAGACUACAGCUGUGUUGAGAGUGGCAUUCUAGGAAAUGCAUCUGGAAUUGCUCAACCUCAUUAUCUUGUGUUUGUGGAGCUAAAGGGUUUGAGAAACCUCUCAGAGGAACAAAGAUACAAGUUAGACCAGUCUCUGCAGGAGGACUCUUCCAUCUACAAAUCCUAUAGGAUUAAGGGCAGCAUUGGACCAAUGAGAGUUCAGCUUGUCCGCAAUGGCAGUUUUGAAGAACUGAAAGAUCACAUGGUGGCCUUCUCUAGUGUUUCAUCUAGCACCUUCAAAAUGCAGCGUGUGAUACGCAGGAAAGAGUUUGCAGAUUUUUUACUGCAGAGGGCUUUAUGAGCAUUUCAAUUUGAAUAUACUUUGUCGCAUAUUAAUUUUAUAUAUACAAAGAGUGGUAAAUCCAUUGGUGGGUUGAUUCAUCUAAAAAGAUUGUGAUUGCUGUGUUUAAGUAUUUGGACCUGCCAUUCACAAUAAUAUUUGCUCAACCAGUAGCAUGAGUUGGAAAUACGUGUUUAUCCAAGUCAUACAGGUGAGAAACAUGUUGGCAGAACUGCUUGUUGUUACUAGAACAAUGGUUCUUAAUGGUGGAGGACUACAGUACUGCACAUUUUAAAUGUGUUCAUCAUUAGAAAAGGGUUGGAUUAGCGACCUAAAAUGCCUAAUUAUUAGGUUGUUUUUGUAAAAAUCUUGCAGGUAUGUAUAACAAGACAAAUAAAAUUAUGUAUUAAACAGCAUAAUUAAAAAACAUACAUGAUAGAA